AGCAAACAACCAUGAGUGUGAAGGGCAUGGCUAUAGUUUUGGCUGUGUUAUUCUGCACUACGAUUGUUCAAGGCUUCCCUAUGUUCAGAAGGGGACGUUGUCUCUGCGUAGGCUCUGGACUAAAUGCAGUGAAAAUGGCAGACAUUAAGGAAGCCUCCAUAAUUUUUCCAAGUGGCAGCUGUGAAAAAAUAGAAGUGAUUGUCACCCUGAAAGCACAAAAAGGACAGCGAUGCCUGAAUCCCAGGUCAAGGCAAGCAAACCGUAUGAUCAAGCAAAUUCAAAGAAAACAUCUUUUAAAACAUCAAAAUGUAUGAAGUUCUGGAAAAGAGGAUUUGAAACCCCAAACAAGUUCAACUGUGACUACUGAGAGACAAAUUCUCCA